GGAGCAUCAGCAGAACCAGUCCAGCACGGAGCCUCGCCUGGCCGACCGCUGCGCCGUGCACUCUUCUUGGGGGACUGCACAACAUUCCUGUGAAAUAUAACUGCUUUUAAUGGCAUGUGGCUUGUAACUUUACUUCUGCUGUAUUCUUUGCAAGAAGUCAACAGUGAGGAUGUUGUCUCUACGCGGCUGUACUUUGUGAACGCCUCCCUGCAGCGGGUGACCUUCUCCAGCUCGGUGGGGGUGUCCCUGCCCUGCCCUGCGGGCGGCGCCCCCCAUGCCGUCCUGCGCUGGUACCUGGCUGCCGGAGACGACAUUUACGACGUGCCCCAUAUCCGCCACGUGCAUGCCAACGGCACCCUCCAGCUCUACUCAUUCUCCCCCUCCGCCUAUAACAGCAUCAUCCACGACAACGAGUACUUCUGCACUGCUGAAAACCAAGCAGGAAAGAUUCGUAGCCCCAGCAUCCACAUCAAAGCAGUGUUCAGGGAGCCCUACACAGUCCGGGUGGCCGACCAGCGCUCCAUGCGGGGUAAUGUCGCCGUGUUCAAGUGCCUCAUCCCCUCAGCCGUCCAGGAGUACGUCAGCGUGGUGUCCUGGGAAAAAGACACCGUCUCCAUCGUCCCAGGUAACCGUUUCUUCCUGACCUCAUUUGGUGCUCUGUAUAUCUCAGAAGUGCAGAAGGAAGAUGCUCUGUCCACCUAUCGCUGCAUCACAAAGCACAAGUACAGUGGAGAGACUCGCCAGAGCAAUGGAGCCAGGCUCUCUGUUAUGGACCCUACGGAGUCCACCCCGUCAGUGCUGGACAGUUUCCAGUCCGGUGAGGUGCAGGUGGGGCAAAGCGUGGAGCUGCCCUGCAUCGCAUCCGGAUACCCAAACCCCACCAUCCGAUGGCUAAAGGAUGGUCGGCCAUUACCUGCAGACUCCCGCUGGACGCGGCGCAUCACUGGCCUCACCGUUUCCGACUUGAGGCUCGAGGACAGCGGCAACUACAUCUGUGAGGUCACCAACAGCUUUGGCUCCAAAGAGGUGACAGGUCACCUUAACGUCAUAGAUCCACUGCGGGUCACCUUGUCUCCCAAGAACCUGAAGACGGGGAUCAGCAGCACAGUCAUCCUAUCCUGUGCCGUCCAGGGUUCCCCGCACUUUAUGGUGUCCUGGUACCGUAACACAGAAUCUGUCUUGCCCGAUCAGCACUUUUCCAUCCAGGGGGCUCACAACGAGACAUUGUUCAUUUCUGCUGCACAAAAAAGACACUCGGGAGCUUACCAGUGCUUUGCCACGCGCAAGGGCCAGACCGCCCAGGACUUUUCCAUCAUACUGCUGGAAGAUGGUACUCCCCGUAUCGUCGCCUCCUUCAGCGAGAGGGUGGUGGUCCCUGGUGAACCGUUUUCACUGAUGUGCGCCGCCAAAGGAGCGCCUCCUCCCACCAUCACCUGGACCCUGGACGACGAGCCUGUGGCCCGGGACCUGUCGCGUGUCAGAGCCAGCCAGUACACGCUCUCAGACGGCAGCACUGUGAGCCACGUCAACGUCAGCAGCCCGCAGAUUCGCGAUGGAGGAGUGUAUCGGUGCGCCGCACGAAACUCGGCCGGUAGUGCCGAGUACCAAGCGCGCAUAAACGUAAGAGGUCCACCAAGGAUUCGGCCUAUGAAGAACAUCACUGCAAUAGCAGGAAGAAACUCUUUCAUAAACUGCCGUGUGAUUGGGUACCCUUAUUAUUCAAUCAACUGGUACAAGGAGGGGCUUCUGCUGCCUGACAAUCAUCGCCAGGUGGUGUAUGAGAACGGGACUCUGAAGCUCAGCGAUGUUCAGAAGGGGAUGGACGAGGGGGCCUACGUCUGCAGCGUGCUCAUCCAACCACAGCUCUUCAUCACGCAGACAGUCUAUGUCACUGUCAAAGUUCCUCCACUGAUCCAGCCAUUUGACUUUCCACCGACUUCCAUCGGUAAAUUGAUGUACAUCGCCUGCGUGGUGUCAUCUGGAGACAUGCCCAUACGCAUCACUUGGCGCAAGGACGGACAGGAGAUCGUGCCCUCCUCGGGCAUCACCAUCGACACGAAGGAGUUCAUGUGCUCCCUUCAGAUAUCCAAGGUGUCGCUCAAACACAAUGGCAACUACACCUGCAUUGCCAGCAACGAUGCUGCCACUGUCAGCCAGGAGAGGCAGCUCACAGUAACAGUGCCUCCUCGGUUUGUGGUUCAGCCCAACAAUCAGGAUGGGAUCUAUGGGAAGGCAGGGAUCCUAAACUGUUCAGUAGAUGGAUACCCUCCUCCUAAGGUCAUGUGGAAGCAUGCCAAAGCUGCACUAGCGGGUAUUGGGAAUCCGCAGCAGUACCACCCUGUGCCUCUGACGGGCCGUAUCCAGAUCAUGAGUAACGGCUCUCUACUCAUCAGACAUGUCCUGGAAGAGGAUCGUGGCUUCUACCUCUGUCAGGCCUCCAACGGCGUGGGCUCAGACAUCAGCAAGAGCAUGGUCCUCACUGUUAAGAUCCCAGCAAUGAUCACCAGUCACCCCAACACUACCAUGGCUAAGAAGGGUCACUUGAAGGAGCUGAACUGCACAGCCAGGGGAGAAUGGCCCAUCAUCAUCCGCUGGGAGAGAGGCGACACCGUCAUUGACCCUGACCGCAACCCCCGAUACUCCAUUACCACCAGUCCCAAUGAGAAAACAGACGAGGUGUUGUCUACACUCAAGCUAAAGCCAGCAGAGCGUGAGGAUUCAGUCUUCUUCUCCUGUCAUGCCAUCAACUCUUAUGGAGAAGGACGAGGCCUCAUCCAGCUCACUGUGCAAGAGCCCCCAGACCCUCCAGAGUUGGAGGUGCGAGAAGUGAAAGAUCGCAGUAUGAAUCUCCGGUGGACACAAAGAUUUGAUGGAAACAGUGUCAUUACCUCCUACGAUAUUGAGUAUAAGAACAAGACAGAUACCUGGGAGCUGAAGCAUGCCACUCGAAACAUUUCCCCCACCAACAAUCAGGCUAACAUUGUGGACCUCCACCCUGCCUCUGUCUACAGCAUCCGCAUGUACUCAUACAACUCAAUAGGCAAGAGCGAGGCCAGUAAGGAACUCACCAUCAGCACAGAGGAAGCACAGCCUGAUGGUCCUCCCAUGGAGGUGAUCCUGCAGCCGGUGACCUCUCAGAGUAUCAGGGUCACCUGGAAGGCUCCCAGGAAGGAGCUGCAGAACGGGGUGAUCCGGGGUUACCAGAUCGGUUACAGAGAGAACGGCCCGGGCAGUAACGGACAGUACAGCAUUGUGGAGAUGAAGGCCACUGGAGACAGUGAGGUCUACACCCUGGACAACCUGAAGAAGUUUGCACAGUAUGGUGUGGUUGUCCAGGCCUUCAACAGAGCCGGCACAGGGCCAUCUAGCUCAGAGAUCAAUGCCACAACACUGGAAGAUGUGCCCAGCCAGCCUCCUCAGAAUGUGCGAGCCAUUUCUGUAACAUCAGAUGAAGCCGUGAUCACAUGGGCUGAACCUCCCAGGAUGACGCUGCAUGGCGUAUUGAAGGGAUACCGCGUAGUGUUCUGGGCUGUCUUUCCGGACGGAGAAUGGGGUGAAAUGCAAAACAUCACAACCACCAAGGAGCAGGUGGAGCUCAAAGGCCUGGAGAAGUUCACCAACUACAGCAUCCAGGUUCUGGCCUACACCCAGGCUGGAGACGGGGUCCGUAGCAACGUCCUGUAUAUCCAAACCCGUGAAGACUACCCCGGACCUCCAGCUGGCAUCAAAACUGUGCCCUCUUCCUCCAGCAGUGUCGUGGUGUCCUGGUUACCCCCUCACAAGCCAAAUGGAAUCAUCCGCAAGUACACCAUCUACUGCUCCAGCCCCGGGUCUGGCCAACCGCUGCCCAGUGAGUAUGAAGCUAAUCCAGAGCUGCUGUUCUACCGAAUCACACACCUCAACCACCGGCAGCAGUACCUGAUCUGGGCCGCAGCCGUCACCACUGCGGGCCGGGGUAACUUCAGUGACAAGGUCACUGUGGAGCCAGCGUCCAAGGCCCCGGCUAAGAUCCUGUCAUUUGGGGGCACAGUGACCACUCCCUGGAUGAAGGAGGUGCGACUGCCCUGUAGCUCAGUAGGAGAACCUACACCUACUAUAAAAUGGACCAAAGACAGUGAGGACACAGCCAUCCCAGUAUCUCUAGAUGGACAGCGUCUCAUUCUGGCCAAUGGGACACUGGUGCUGCGCUCAGUCAAAGCUGAAGAUUCUGGUUACUACACCUGCACAGCCACCAACACGCUGGGCUUCGACACUAUCAUUGUCAACCUUGUGGUACAAGUCCCUCCAGACCAGCCACGUCUAACCGUCUCCACCACUUCCAUCUCCUCCAUUACUCUGGCCUGGAUACCAGGAGACAACGGAGGCAGCUCUAUUAGAGGUUUUGUGCUGCAGUACUCUAUAGACAACACAGAGGAAUGGAAAGAUGUUUUUAUUAGUUCUAGUGAACGCUCCUUCAAAUUGGACAACCUGCGCUGUGGCACCUGGUAUAAAGUGAAGCUGGCUGCGAAGAACAGUGUUGGAGCCGGACGCAUCAGUGAGAUCAUUGAGGCAAAGACUCACGGGCGAGAACCCCAGUUCAACAAGGAUCAGCCGGUCUUCACCCACCUGAACUCCAGCCACGCCCGCCUCAACCUGCAGGGUUGGGUCAGUGGAGGCUGUCCAAUCAGCGCUGUCACACUAGAGUUUAGACCAAAAGGUACAUGGGCAUGGCAGAAUGUACGUACCAAUGCCACCACAGACGUGUUCCUGGCAGAGCUGCGUGAGGCGACCUGGUAUGAGUUGAAGAUGAAAGCCUGUAACAGCGCUGGCUGUGGAAACCAGAGCUCCCAAUUUGCGACACUUGAUUACGAUGGCAGCACAAUUCCACCAAUCAAAUCCCCCCUGGAGAAGAACGAUGAUGUCAAGAAGCUGUUUUCUAUUGGCUGUCCUGUGAUCUUGGUCACUCUGGGUGUUGCGCUGCUCUUCAUCAUCCGCAAGAAACGCAAAGAAAAGAGGCUGAAGAGACUAAGAGAUGCAAAAAGCCUGGCAGAGAUGCUGAUCAGUAAAAACAACCGCAGCUUUGACACCCCAGUGAAGGGACCUCCUCAGGGCCCACGGUUACACAUCGACAUCCCCAGAGUGCAGCUGCUAAUUGAGGACAAAGAAGGCAUCAAGCAAAUCGGUGAGGACAAAGCCACUAUCCCUGUGACAGACACAGAGUUCAACCAAACUGGAAACCCUCAGAGCUUCUGCACAGGUGUGUCUGUCCAUCACCCGGCCCUCAUCCAGAACACUGGUCCUUUGAUUGACAUGUCAGACAUCAGACCAGGAACCAACCCAGUGUCGAGGAAGAGCGUUAAGUCAGCCCACAGCAUCAGGAACCGAUACUCUAGUCAGUGGACUCUGACCAAGUGCCAGGCCUCCACACCAGCCCGCACUCUCACGUCAGACUGGCGCACAGUUGGCUCUCAGCAUGGCAUCACUGUCACAGAGAGUGACAGCUAUAGCGCCAGCCUCUCACAGGACACAGAUAAGGGUCGCAACAGCAUGGUGUCGACAGAGAGCGCCUCCUCAACCUACGAGGAGUUGGCAAGAGCAUAUGAGCAUGCCAAGCUAGAGGAACACCUGCAGCAUGCCAAAUUUGAGAUUACUGAGUGCUUUAUCUCUGACAGCUCAUCUGACCAGAUGACCACAGGUACCAAUGAUAAUGCAGACAGCAUGACGUCCAUGAGUACACCCUCCGAGCCCGGUAUCUGCCGAUUCACUGCCUCACCACCCAAACCCCAGGACUAUGAUCGUGGCAAGAAUGUAGCUGUGCCCAUUCCACACCGCGCCAAGAGUGACUACUGCAACCUACCCCUCUACAUGAAGUCAGAUCCCUUCUUCCGAAAGCAGUCGGAGCAUCAUGACCCAUGUCCAGUGGUUCCACCACGUGAAGCCUCUAUUCGUGGCCUGGCGCAGCGGGCAUACCACACCCAGGGCCGUCAUGUGACUAUGGACUCUGCAAAGCAGCAGGCCCUAACCAUGGGCCACUCCGGCCUGUCCAACCUCACUUCCUCUGGAGGAGCAACAGGAGGCUGUGGUGGAGGUAGUGGAGGGGCGUCUGCUAGCUCCAGCAGCUCCACACUUCCCCAGAGGACUCUCACCAUGCCAGGCUCCUCUGCCUCAGUGGCCCAGAGUGCAGCGGCAGCUGCUGCUGCUACUGCUGCAACUGCUGCAUUAUUAUGCUCCGGUGCUACAGGAGGGACUCCUGGAGGUGCAUCCUCCUCCAAGAUGGGAGGAUCCAGAGACUCUCUCCUGGAGAGCAGCUCCUCGGGCUUAGGCAGACUACAGAAGCAGAGGGAUGGAGGGGCAGGGGCCUACUCCAAGUCGUACACACUAGUGUAGCCUGCCAUCACCUCGGCCUGUCACUGUAACUCUUAAUAGAAUGCUGGUCAAGCCAGCGCUUGCCUGGAGCCUCUAUGGAAAAGUGGGAUGAGAAACAUACACAUGCACAGCUGACCCGUCAGUGCCUGCACUGUGCCAGGCUGCAGGAGGCUGGUUGGGUUCCCAUUGACACUACUGUAUGAAGGGGUCAGAGUUGGGUCUCCACAGCACAGGGGUUUGCCUUUCUUUCUGCCUGAUUGCUUUCUAUUAUUAUUGUUUCACCUUUCUCUAUCCCUAAUUUCAUCACCCUGGAAGUCACUUGCCAAAACAUAAAAGAUUUAUCUGUUCACUUCAUAUUUUAAUUUUCUGGUAAGGACAAAGUACUUAUGCACAAAAUGCUUUCCACGUGCACUGUCUGGUUUUCUAGAUCAAGACAGUCGUAGAAUGAACCAGGUUGCUUGAGGUUUUGAGGUUUUUAAGUUUUAAAAUAUGUUACUUCUCUGGUUUCUGAUGGAAGAAGAGCUCAUAUCACAGCAUUGUGCCAUGGCGAGAUGCUUUUAAUGUAUGCAUAAACCACCUUGGUGUUACACUGGCUCUGAGAGGUUACUCCAUCAUGGAUUGAUACAUUAGAGGCAGUGAAAGAACUGACAUCUCAAUACCAGUUGUGAGAUGUGGAGAAUGCUCUUAAACAUGCAAUGGAUGACGCAGCACAGUGGUCUUAAGUGAUGCUUUUAUAAACAACGACUCAAAGCAGAGGAGAUAAAAAAAAAGUCAAGUGAAAGAUGAAUCCAAACCUUUUUUUUCUUCAUCAGUUUUCUGUUUAUUUUCUGAUAAUGGAAAUAUAAUCUCAUGUGCACUAAGAAAAAGUUAGAAUGGAUCAGAAACCUUCACAAGCCUGCGUGUGUGUGCGUGUGGGUGUAUAUGUGUAAAUAUAUAUAUGUAUACAUGUGGCAGGCACACACCAACAGUGGACCUUUUUAAAAUCAAUCUGUAUGCUGACCUCUCGGGCAGAUGUCUGUGUAAACUGAACCCCUCCACUGUUCAUUUUGUACCUGUGAAAGAGGAUUCGGGGACAGUAACGAUGAUGAUGCUGACGAUGUAACACUAUGAUCCUCAUUUGGUCCAGCAUUUUGAACUUUGUUUGGUUAAGUGUGAUUGACAGCAUUGCUUAGGAAAUGAUACUGAAAAGGAAGUGAGUUCAAAAGAGAACAAUUACAGAUGAAAGAGUUUCCUUUCUCUGUUCUCUUCCUCAGAACAAAGGAAGAGACCCUUUUAGGAUUCAUCAUGGCGCCACAAUGUCAUUAUUCUUUGUUUAACACAUUUGACCUGUAUCCACUUUUUCCCUUUCUUAUUCCCCACCUUCACUUCUACCCGCCCAGUCCCCCCAUCAUAUCCAUACAGUGUCACUGUGACCUACUGCUAGCAUACUGGCUAGUUAAAAAGAGAGACAGACUGAGAGAAAGAGGUCUAAUAUGCACAGACAGGCAGAAAUGCUACUUGACGUUCAAUGACAACUUGAACGGAGAGACAAGUUGCAAACAUAAGGAACAUUACUGAGAUGUAUACAAGAAAAAUAAUAUUUGUAUGAACUGAUCGUGAAUUGAUGAAAGGACAAUGACGUUGAGAUUAUAGACAGAGAGAUCAAGUGUUGAUAGAAUUUGCAGAAAUGGGGAGAGGGGGGUUACAUAGAGAGAAAUAAGUGGUCUUCAAAACUAAAAUGUGUUUUCAAGUUCCCUCCACCUCACUGAAAUGUAUUUUAGUUUUAUGCAUGGUACAGUAUCUGCUAACUUUAGGUUUAUUUAUUUUUCCCAUUUCUUCUCAAGCUUAACCCCAUAACAAAGAUCGUUCCAAAAAGAGUUGCUCCAAAUGUUUUGCAAUGGCAAAACGUAACAUCAGGGCUCUCGCAAUAGAAAAAAAGAUAUGAUAUAUGUUUGUUUUCAAAAGUAUGUACAUAUAUAUUUCUAUUCAAAUAUAUAGCAAAUAUAUGAAUAUUGAAAAAAGCAGAGAAAUAUAAAAGCCGUUCUAAUUGAAAAUAUAUAUAAAAGAUCACAAGACAAUCGCUCAGAGUGAAAAACUGCAAGAAGGAAGGAAGAAAAAGAAGAGGGAGGCUUAAACGGGUAGCACGACCAUGGACGGGAGAUCUUGGAGAGAAAGGAAGUGGUGUGAAAGAAAAUUAAAUGGUGAAACUGAGGUUUGAGGAAUGAUACAAUGACCCCUUGUGAUUUUGUAAGUGUUCCAGCUGCAACACCUGUGCAGCAGGUAGCAGCUGAGAGGACAAGCACAGUAAAGUCAAAUAAUAGUGUGAGAUUGUGUCGCUGGUUAACUGUGGUCUAUGGCUCAGUGCAGAAAGUGUGGUGUUGAAAAAGAAAACAGUAAAACAAGGACAGCCUAUACAGUAAGCGAGCCUGUUGUAAUAUGUUGUAUUGUACCUUCCAAAGGUGUGUUCACAAACUCAAUGCCAUUCCCUGACUAUAAUUAAUGAAGACAAACAGACCGAGAAGUAUUUCAGUUUCUUUUCUGUGUCAUAGCGAGUCCCCCCCCCAAACUCCAGGACUGCAGACCAAUAAACAUACCACGAACGCUUAUAACUGCAUAUAUAUGUAUUAAUGCGCCCUUUCAUUUUAAAACUAGACUGGAGAGAAAUUAAUUUAGCUUUCCAUUGUUAGUGGUUAUGAAGACUUUCCUUUUGGCCUUUUAUGUUUAAAGUUGUACAAAUACUUGUUUUCAGUAAAACAAGAGUUUGGGGAUGGGGCAGGCCUGUUUUUGGAGGCUUCCUUACUCCAGUUGUAUGGAUAUAGGAUGGAAUGAUGGAACACACUCCUGCUAACCUGCUUUCCCCAAUUCUUCAGUGAAGUUGCCUCUAAAUCACGGAUACACUGUCAGUUUGUUUUAAGUAUAUGUUAUGCAUAACUUUAAGGAAAAUUCCACCCUCUGAUACUUUUACACUGUUACUGAGAAUAUGCGCAAUAAGUAAAGUAAAUUAUUUAGGAAAUAUGCUUAUACGUUUGACAUUUGAUAAAGAAAUAAUACAUUCUGUACAAAAACUAAAGUGUAAAAAUGACCACGAGUUGGGGUAGGUCAUGUGCAAAUUUGCAAACCAUACUGCCAUAUGAAAUGGGUAACCUUGCUGUACAGUAAGUUUUUUUACUUAUUGAACACUUGCACAUUUCUCGGCAGCAGAAUGUCUUAAUUCGGCCAAAUAUCUGCAAUGUUUAAAUGACAAACGAGUGAUGUUGGGUGGAUUUUCCUUAAAUUACAACAGCUUUUCAAACUGACUCUGACUCUGUGUUCAUGAGGCCAACUUCACAUGUGCUACUUCCCCAACCUUUCCCACAUCUGCUCAACCAAUCAGAGUUUCCCCUCUCACUGUACCCCUUGCCCAUACAACAUUAUUUCUACUCCAUAAUAGAAGACUUGUGUACAUAGGAAAGUGUUUUGUAUAAAUGAGUACUAUUUUCGACAUCUUCACUAGAAACCAGGGCACAAUGUAAACUUUGAACUGAAGUUAUUGUAAUGAAACAGAAGAGGACUUGAAAAACUAUAGAAUUAUACAGACACUGCUUUAUCUUGAUUUAUGGACCAGUUGAAACAUGUCAGAGUGGACCAUGCAUAGUUAACAAUAUUUAUUUCUUCUUUUACAGGACAUUUGGUUGCAUUGUCUCCUUUUUGAAACUUUUAAAUGUUUAUCUUUUUUGUUUUUGUUUCUGAUUUUUUACUUUGUCACAGGUUGCUUGAUUUAGCGUUUGCCUUUUUUUUUAUUCCACUUUUUGGGGGGAGGACAGCAGCAUUGCAUGCUCUGAAAUUUUGCUGGUUAUAAAAGAGAAAGGGAAAUGGUGAAUUGAACAAUUUAAAAUGGAGGGUUAAUGAAAACAUUUUAAAAAUGCAGAGGUUGUUCCUUAAACUUUUAUGGGGAAACAUUGCUUCAAUUUGCAAUUGCUUGUGUUUAACUCUACAUUUUCUUUUCUAUGAAAACAAACAAAAACAGAAAAAGAGUACUCAACACCUUGUGCAAUAAAGCUAUCUUUUUAUGAACUGUGA